AUGAAUGUGGAGGAUAGUAGCAAAUAUCCUGGUGGAGAUGCUUUUGUUAAUGAAGGUUUUCAAAAUUGGAAUAUGAAGUGCAGAAUUCGUAGGCAUGUUGGUGCUAUCAAUAGUGCUCACAAUGAAGCUGAGGAGAAAUAUAAUUUGUUCAUGAAACCUAGGACUUCAAUUCGGUUAGCUUUUCGUGGUCAUAAUGAGGGAAAGGAUUCAAACAAUCAAGGGAACUUCAAGGAACUUUUGGCUUGGCUGGCAGGGAAUUUUGAAGAAGUUAACAUGGUGGUUCUUGAAAAUGCUCCACACAAUUGCCAGAUGAUUGACCACAAGAUUCAUAAACAACUUAUUGCUGCUUGUGCUCAUGAAACAACCAAAUUUAUUAUAGAGGAACUUGGUGAUGAAUGCUUUGCCAUUCUUGCUGAUGAGUCUAGUGAUGCCUACCAACAGGAACAAUUGGCCCUUUGCUUGCGUUAUGUCAAUAAAAAUGGAGAACCUGUUGAGCGGUUUCUUGGUCUUGUGCAUGUUGAAGAUACUACUUCAUUGACUCUUAAACAAAGGGAGCAAGAUAUUGUAAAUGCAAUGGAUCUUCUUGAGCUCACAAAGGUGGAAUUGGAUGUUUUGAGAAGAGAUGCUGGAUGGGAAGAAUUUCUUAAGAAUGUCACUUCUUUCUGUGAGAAGCACAAAGUUAAAGUUGUUGAUAUGGAUGGAAAGUAUAUUCCUAUUCAAAGAUCAGCUAAGUUCUAUAGAGGUGCCACAAAUUACCACAGGUUUCAUGCUGAUAUGUUUUUGGGUGUCAUUGAUAGGCAACUUCAGGAGCUGAAUAGCAGGUUUGAUGAGUUGGUUAAGCUUGCUGGGUUCUAUCCUCAUCACUUUGAUUUUCAAGAGGGGAAUCAACUUCGUUUUCAACUACGCAACUAUAUUAAUGAUGUGAGGAAUGAUGAGAACUUCAAAAAUUUGAGAAGUCUAGCAGACUUGUCUAUGAUGCUAGUUAAAAGAGAUAUGGUUUCUCGGUAUGACAUUGUGUACAAACUUCUCAAAUUGGUUCUAGUUCUUCCUGUUGCAACUGCUGGUGUUGAGAGGAUUUUUUCUGCAAUGAACACUAUCAAAAACAAGUUAAGAAGCAAGAUGGGACAGGAUUUUCUGAAUAAUUGUUUGACCACAUUCAUUGAAAGGGAAUUCUUCUUGCAAGCGAAGGAUGAGGACAUCAUCAAUUAUUUUCAAGCUAUGAAGGACCGAAAAGUUAUCUUGUAA